AUGGCGGCGGCGGCACACGCUAUGCUGGACCUGGAUCUCGUAGCUGAGGAGAAGCCUCGCAGCGGCCGGCGGCCCCGUAAGCCCCUUCCCUCCGCCGCGUCGCGCCGCACCGGGCUCCGCCGCUGCCCCCUCCUCUUCGUCUGCGCCUCCGCCUCCAUGGUCCGCAAGGGCCCCGCGCCGCCGCGACCUGCAUCAUCGUCGGCCCCGCGCGCGGCGACCGCGCGCACCUGCCCGUGGUCCGCGCCCUACCCCGCCAUCCUCGCGGCCACCAGCCAGCCGCCUCCCUCCCCGCGCUCGCCACGACCUCCGCCGUCGAGGACCAAACCGAUGAACACCGCCUGGCGUGGAUCAACGACGAGCAUCGUCGCAGGUGGCCCGAUGAUGGCGCGGGACCACAGGGCCUCUUCACCUGCUCACACCCGUGAUGCUGUAGGCGCUCCUCCCGGCGUCGGACGCGGAGGGCCUGGUGCGGAUCGACGACAAGCAUCGUCGCGGGUGUCGCCCAGCGUGCAGCGUGCUCGGGCUCCACCGGCGACCGUCGACGCAUCCCUCCGCCGGCGACAUGCGCGUGCAGGAAGCCGACGUGCGCCGUCCCUGUAG